AUGGCUCCUUGGGCACAUCUAGCUCUAGUCUCUCUUUUAACCCCGCUUCUCCUGGCUUCCCCAGUGCCAGACGAAUAUGAGUCUACUACACACCUGCACGAGAGAGCAGAAGAAGGCUAUGAAUCGCCUCCAUAUUAUCCCACCCCUCCGGGAGGCUGGAUUCCAGACUGGAGUGAAGCCUACUCCAAAGCGCAUCGGCUUGUCAGUAAUAUGACUCUGGCCGAGAAGGUCAACCUGACAACAGGCACUGGCUUCUUCAUGGGACCCUGUGUAGGACAGACAGGAAGCGUGCCUCGCCUGGGUGUGCCCAACCUGUGCCUCCAGGACAGUCCUCUGGGAGUCCGCAACUCGGACCACAACACUGCUUUCCCACCUGGUAUUACCGUUGGCGCAACCUUCAACAAAGAUCUUAUGUAUGAGCGAGGUGUUGGGCUCGGCGAAGAAGCGCGCGGCAAGGGAGUCAACGUGCUCCUCGGGCCGUCCGUAGGAGCACUUGGACGCAAGCCACGCGGUGGACGGAACUGGGAAAGCUUUGGUGCUGACCCCAUUCUCCAGGGUUAUGGAGGUGCCCAAACUGUGAAGGGUAUGCAGAGCACAGGCGCUAUUGCGGCCAUCAAGCAUUACAUUGGUAAUGAGCAAGAAAUGUACCGCAUGAGCAGUGUUGUCACCCAGGGGUAUUCGUCCAAUAUUGACGAUCGCACAUUGCAUGAGCUGUACCUCUGGCCGUUUGCCCAAGGUGUUCAUGCGGGUGUUGGAUCUUUGAUGACAGCUUAUUCCGACGUCAACAGCUCUGCGUGCUCUCAAAACAGCAAGUUGCUCAACGAUAUUCUCAAGGAUGAGCUUGGCUUUCAAGGGUUUGUGAUGACAGACUGGCUUGGUCAUUACUCCGGUGUUGCGUCCGCUAUAGCUGGCUUGGAUAUGUCAAUGCCCGGCGACGGAGCAGUUCCCUUGUUUGGAGACUCAUAUUGGGGUGCUGAGCUGUCACGUUCGAUCUUGAAUGGAAGCGUCCCCGUUAACCGGCUCAAUGAUAUGGUCCAACGUAUCGUUGCUACUUGGUACAAACACGGACAGGACAAGGACUAUCCGUUACCAAACUUCUCGACCAAUACCCAGAAUAAGGAAGGCCCACUUUAUCCCGGAGCUCUAUUUUCUCCAUCUGGUGUCGUGAACCAAUUCAUCGAUGUGAAGGGCGAUCACAAUGUCACUGCGAGAGCCGUCGCACGGGAAGCAAUCACUUUGCUAAAGAACGACAUGGAAAUUCUUCCAUUGCACCGGAAUGAUUCCCUCAAGGUCUUUGGAACAGAUGCAGGUGGAAAUCCAGAUGGUCUCAACUCAUGCGCCGACAAAGGAUGCAACAAGGGCGUAUUGACCAUGGGCUGGGGCAGUGGCACCGCCAGACUACCCUAUCUCAUCACACCCGAAGAGGCAAUAUCUAAUAUCACUAAGAAUGCCGAGUUCCACAUCACGGACAAGUUCCCAUCAGACGUUACCGCCAAUGCCAACGAUAUAGCACUUGUUUUCAUCAGCGCUGAUUCAGGUGAAAACUUCAUCACAGUCGAAGGAAACCCAGGAGAUCGAACUAAAGCGGGACUUAAUGCUUGGCACAAUGGUGACGAUCUUGUCAAAGCAGCAGCAGAAAAGUUUUCCAAUGUAGUCGUGAUUGUCCACACCGUCGGGCCCAUUCUGAUGGAAGAGUGGAUUGAACUCAAAUCCGUGAAAGCAGUGGUUGUGGCCCAUCUCCCCGGACAAGAAGCUGGAAACUCCCUUUACCGAUGUCCUCUUUGCGAGGAUGAUUACCCGGAUAGCGUUGACUUGAUCAACCAACCGUUUGGACAGAUCCAGGAUACCUAUACCGAGGGGCUAUACAUCGACUACCGUCACUUCAUUAAGGCCAAUAUCACCCCUCGGUAUCCGUUUGGCCACGGCCUCUCCUACACCACCUUCAAAUUCUCCCAGCCUUCCCUGUCAACGGGAAUUCCGCUAGACUCAGCCUACCCAGCUGCACGACCCACCAAGCCGUCGACCCCUUCCUACAAUACCAGUAUUCCAGACGCAUCAGAAGUUGCCUGGUCCUCUACCAGCUUCACUCGCAUCUGGCGCUACCUCUACCCCUAUCUGGACAAGCCGCAGGCAAUCACUGCGACGAAGAAAUACGCCUAUCCGGACGGCUACAGCACCGAGCCGCAUGCAGUUCCCCAGGCCGGAGGCGGCGAGGGUGGAAAUCCCGCUCUCUUUGAGACUGUUCUUUCGGUUCAGGUGGAGGUCCAGAAUACGGGUAAACGAAGUGGCAAGGCUGUUGCCCAACUGUACGUUGAACUUCCAUCUGAUCUGGCUCAGGAUACGCCGGCCUUGCAACUCCGACAGUUUGAGAAGACAAAGGAACUCGCUCCUGGUCAGAGUGAGACGGUCACGCUGCAUCUUACUCGGAAAGAUGUCAGUGUUUGGGAUGUUGUAGUACAGGAUUGGAAGGCUCCUGUCAAUGGACAGGGCAUUAAGAUCUGGGUUGGCAAUAGUGUUGCUGAUCUGCCUGUUCUCUGUGUGGUUGGCGGAAAGUGUUCCGCUAAAUAA